CCCUCACGCCAACAGCCUUCGCUACCAGAAGUGCGCCCGGCGCCGUGGAGCCGGUUUGGUGCAGAGCAGAGCACCGGGGGCCUCGCCAGGUUCCCAACCAGACCCGACAUCGACCCGGAGUGGCGCGCUCCUUCCCAACGGGAUGUGCAGAUGGAGGCCGGAGGAGACACGGCUGCCCCAGCCCCCGGGGACGCAGAGGACUUGGAGGACACGCGGCUCCUCGGUGAGGAGGCUGGAGACGGUGGAGGGGUUCAGGAGGACCCCACAGAGUCCGAAGACCGUAGCCUGGAGGAAAGAGGACCCGAGACCAAGGACCAGCCAGCCAGCCUGUUGUCACCACUGCCCCAAUCAGAGUCCCCUUCCUCUACCUGUGGGCUCUGGGAUCCUGCAGCCUCUGAGAACAAUGUCACAGGUGACUCUGAGAGUGACUCUGGGGGCCAAGGCGGAGACCCAAGUGACGAGGACUGGCGCAGCAAGCGGAAGCACGUGUUUGUACUGAGUGAGGCGGGCAAGCCCAUCUACUCGAGGUACGGUAGUGUGGAGGCGCUGUCGACUACCAUGGGUGUGAUGACAGCUCUUGUGUCUUUCGUGCAGAGUGCAGGAGACACCAUCCGCGCCAUCUAUGCUGAGGACCACAAGCUGGUGUUCCUACAGCAGGGCCCGCUGCUGCUGGUGGCCGUGUCGAGGACUCCUCAGUCAGCAGCCCAGCUGCGGGAGGAGCUGCUGGCUGUGCACGCCCAGAUCGUGAGUACACUGACGCGCGCAAGCGUGGCCCGCAUCUUCGCCCGUAAGCAGAACUACGACCUCCGCCGCCUGCUGGCUGGCUCCGAGCGCACCCUAGACCGGCUUCUGGACAGUGUGGAGCGGGACCCAGGGGCGCUGCUCCUGGGUGCCGUGCGCUGUGUGCCCCUCACUCGCCCGCUGCGGGAAGCACUGGGCACACUGCUCCGACGUUGCACAGCACCCGGCCUGGCACUGUCCGUGCUGGCGGUGGGUGGUCAGCUGGUGACAGCAGCCCAGGAGCGGAAUGUGUUGGCUGAGUGCCGGCUGGACCCAGCGGACCUGCAGUUGCUGCUCAACUGGGUCAGCGCACCCGCCUUUGCAGCCGGAGAAGCAUGGGCACCUGUGUGCCUGCCCCGCUUCAACCCGGAUGGUUUCUUCUAUGCCUACGUGGCCCGCCUGGACGCCAUGCCUGUCUGCCUGCUGCUGCUUGCCACGGACCCCGAGGCCUUCCAUGACAUGGCCACCUGCCGGCGCCUGGUGGAAGACGGCAUGCACACGCUUGGUGCCAUGCGAACCCUUGGAGAGGCUGCCAGUUUCUCUAAUGCCCCGUCAGCCACUGCCCCAUCCUACAGCGUGCAGGCUGUGGGAGCACCUGGCCUUUGGCACUUCCUCUACAAACCUCUGGACAUCCCCGACCAUCACCGCCAGCUGCCUCAGUUUACCAGCCCUGAGCUAGAGGCCCCGUAUAGCAGAGAGGAGGAACGGCAGCGCCUAUCGGACCUGUACCACCGCCUGCACGCUCGCCUCCACAGUACCUCCCGGCCUCUGCGCCUCAUUUACCACGUGGCUGAGAAGGAGACGCUGCUGGCCUGGGUGACCUCCAAGUUUGAGCUCUAUACCUGCCUCAGCCCCCUGGUGACCAAGGCAGGCGCCAUCUUGGUAGUGACCAAACUCCUACGCUGGGUGAAGAAAGAGGAGGAUCGACUUUUCAUUCGUUACCCACCCAAGUACUCUUCACCUCCAGCAGCCUCAUCUGCCUCUACGGACCAAGCUUCCCAUAAUGGCUUGUUCACUGGAUCCUGAGAGGCAGAACUCCCAGACUGGGCAGUGCUGGGAACAACUGCUUUUGGCUCUUCCCUCUGUCUCCACCCUGGAAAGAGGGAGCUGGAAGGGGCGGGGUGGUUGACGGUGGUGUCUGUGACUGGUCUCCCUCUCCCUGGGAAAUAGGGCAACAUCCGAGGGCUUGCCCACGAAUGAGAGAUGACUGCACAUAGGUGAGCAGGCUGCUUCCUCAGCCCCUCAUUCAUCUCCACCUAGGGAGAAAUCCUUAGGCUCCUCCCUUCCCUCUGCCGCACUUGGAUGGUGUUCCAGCCUCUGUCAGGGACUUUCUCCUGUCCUGCAGCUGGAGUUGGCCUCUGGAGCUCUUAGCCCUGAGUGUCCAGGGCUGGCCAAGGUUUCUUUGGGUGACCUAUGAGGCCAGCCUGUGCUGGAACUGACCUAAAGAUACUUAAAAAAAAAAAAGAAAAAAGAAAAUGUCUAAACCAAUCCCCACAAGGACAUUCCUUCGCCCUUCAUAUGCUUCAUCUUUACUGUCAAAAGUGACCCAUCAGUGUUGGCUGCUGCUAAUGUUAAUGAGAAAGGAGGUCCCCACAGUCUGUGUGUGUGUGUGUAUAACCCAGGGCAAAGCCCCUGGCUUCACACAGUAGCCGAGAUCCAGAAUUUAUACAUAGAAGGUGCACUUAGCUUCUAAUCCUCAUUCGUUCUUUCGUGAAAUAGAGAUAACUGACCUCUCCCUGGCUAAGUGAGCAUUUGUGAAUGAAAGGGACUCGGAACUCAUUUGCCCCCAGUCUUUCUUACAACCUGCACUACACGGAGCAACCAGGAGGGGUCGAGACCUCUUUCCAGUUUGUAUAUGUACUCACAACACUCAGUCCCCUAUCCACUGAGAUCCUAGUUCUAAACUUGCUUUCUCCAAACUGGAAUUACAGCCGCAUGUCACUGAGUCAGAGGCUCAAGGAAACUCCAUUGCUCUCAUCCUGGUCCAGUAAGCAGACUGCACGCUGCACGCAUGCGCGCUGCUGCGGAGCCUUCCUGCCUCGCGUGCUCCCCCUGCCCCCCAACCAAUUGUCUAAGGCGCAUGCGCCUAACUCCUGCUUUGGAGAAUGGCGGCCAAGUUGAAGCCGCUGGAGGUCGUGGAGGAGGCUGUGGAGGGCGAGGGAUAUGCCGGUAAGCUGGUCCUCCCGGCCAGGGCAGAGGAGAAGCCUCUGUCCCAUUCCAAUAAAGAGAUAUUGAUAGAGGCACUAAAAAAAAAAGUAAACAUGUAAGCCUUCUAGAAAAUACUGUUCAGCAAUGUGAAGAUAAAUAACAUGCAUAUUUUCACCUAGAUUAACUUGUCAGCCUUAUUGGACAUAUUGCUUAGUAUUUUAAGGUAAAUAAUACGUCAGUAUGCGUCUCUUCAAGCAACGAAUGGAGGUAGACAGUCUCACAAAAACCACUCCGCUGCUGCCACAUCUGAGAAAAUUCACAGUAAUUCCCCAUGUCUGACACCCAGCACGUUCACACACUGUGUGGACUCUCAAAUCCUAAUUAGAAUGGCCACUCCCACAGACAGCUUUUCUCCAGGGCACUUUGAUAAUGAUACUCCUUCCUGAGAGGGGAAAACAUUGCCUACAGACAAGUGGGAAUUGCCCUCUAGACAAAAGAAGAAAACCUCCCAAGACUGAUCCAUCACUAUGCCACUAGCGUUCUUUAAAAUACAGGAGUUUUCCAAAAUGUACCACAGUACAGAAAAUAGCAUGAUGAAAGCCCACAUACCCAUCACUGUCAACUUUCUGCUCUCCUUUCGCCCAUCACCCCCUUUCUGCAGUCUUGAAGCCCCUAUGUUAAUAAACAUGGUUGCAUUUUGUCCAGACCUGUCUAUGCGGACAUCAACAAUAACUUAUUUAUUUGUCCUAGGAUGUCAGCUCCAUGAGAACCAUUUAUUGCUCUUUCCCCAAAACCCAAACAAUGCCCGCUUGGCACAUAGUAGGUGUUCAAUAAUUGUCUUUGUUCAUUGUAUGAAUAAUAACUAACAUGGAGAGCUCUCUCAGAUUAGGGCCACACAUUGAAUGCCAGCUUUCAACAAAGGACAGACAGAAAUGAGACGGAUGCAAAUAGAUAUCAUUUAUUGAGCGCCUGCUGCAGCUGCUACUAUGCUACAAAGCUUUUAGCAUCAACUUUCAAAUUUGUCACAAUUGAAGUGUAUGCGCUUCAGCAAGGAGGGAAUUUAAGAGUAGAUGAUGUUACCAUUUCUAGCCAUUAAAAUCGGCUCUAUAGGAAGAGAGAUAAUAUCUAAUAUUGAUUACUCUGGGGGAAAGGCCAUCUUUUGUCUCACUUGGAGAGCUGACCAGUAAACACUUGGAGGCAGUUUGGCAGAACAUUUUUAGCGUCUAUAAUGUUAUUCCUUAUAGUCGGUCACCAUACUUAGUAAUCAGGAGAAUACAGAGACAUCUGAGCCAGAAAAGUCAUUAAAAUGGUGUUGAUGGAAAAAAAAAAAAAAAGCAAUCAUGGAAAUGACUAAACAGGUAUAUUCAUGCAUAUUGUGGAAUGCCUAUGUGUGGGGGACAUUUAAAAUUUUUGAGCAGCAAUAAAAACAUGGUUAGAUUGCAAAUUAAUUUAAGAUAAUUAAAAUUUAAAAGGAUAGGACCAUGAUUUAUUGACACAGAAUAAACUCUAAAAAGAUAUUUUUAUGAG